AUGGUGGUCUCAAUCGAGCCGCCGAAUUCCUUGAGUGAUAUGCUGCAUUCAUUGCAAGUGAUCUCCGAUGAAACGCUUGAAGACAAUAAUCAUGAAAAGAAAAAAUCUCUCGAGAUGCACCCGAUGAGAUCAGCGCUAUUUCAAGUGCUUUGCGAGGUCAAGGAGAAGACUGUUUUGCGUCUACAACACUCGAGUGUCGAUGAUCAAGGAGAGGAUCCACAAUUGAUGAGACUCGACAAUAUGCUCGUAGCUGAAGGCGUGGCGGGACCUGAUAAAAACGCCUCUUUGGGCGCCGACGCCUCGUCGAGUGAUCAAGCGGAUUAUCGAAUGAAAUUGACACAGAUUCGCCAAGUCUACAACAAUGAGCUCGUCCGAUACGAAGAGGCUUGCGGUGAAUUCACACAGCACGUGAUGGCACUACUGAGAGAUCAACAGAGAUUACGGCCAAUCGCGAAGACUGAAGUCGAUCGAAUGGUUUCGAUCAUUCAAAAGAAAUUCAACACGAUUCAAGUCCAAUUGAAGCAAAGCACCUGCGAGGCGGUGAUGAUUUUGCGCAGUCGUCAUUUAGAUGCAAGGAGAAAACGGCGAAACUUCUCGAAACAAGCCACAGAGGUUCUCAACGAGUAUUUCUAUGCUCAUCUCAGCAAUCCGUACCCAAGCGAAGAGGCUAAAGAAGAUCUCGCAAGACAAUGUCAAAUAACAGUUUCUCAGGUUUCGAAUUGGUUUGGCAAUAAACGGAUUCGCUACAAGAAGAACAUCGCUAAAGCGCAAGAAGAGGCGAAUAUGUAUGCGGCCAAGAAAGCCGCGGCACAAGGAUUAGGAGUCCCAGGUUUUCCUUCGGCUUCAGUAGCUGGGGCGAUGCCACCCUAUGGAAUGCUUGCCUUUCCAGGAGCUCCAGGAGCGAUGAUGACACCGUAUGGAGGAAUGCUGGGGAGUGGCUCGGAGCAUCUUGGAAUGUCGGCACCCUUUGACCUUUCCGCCUACAAUCCGCAAUUGCACUCCGGAAUGCCCCCACUGAACGAAGACAAGAAAUCG